UGCGCAGUGGCGGCAUCUGCAGCAAGUGGCUACUGUCGUCUGCCUGCACUAGUAUCGAGUGAUUCUGUCAAAAUAUUGGAGAAUCUUUGGAAUAAGGGAUAUUUUCAGAGGAAAACAUGACGGAAAGCACGGAAAGUGACCCCCCAAGAUGGAAUCUAAUACAGUUUGGACUGUUGUGUUUUUAUACCAUGGGUUUCAGCGGAAUGACCAGCAUUCCGUACUAUAUCCACAGACACACAGGUCUGUUCCUGGUGGCCUACUAUCUGCUGGGAAUCCUGGUCUGUGUCCCAGUCUGCUAUGUACAACUGAAGCUCGGCGCUCUCUACAAGCGAGGCAUGCUCGGGAUCUUCAGUCACCUCGUACCAAUUCUUAAAGGUGUCGCCGUUGCCCUGCUGUUGAUGACGUAUAUCCGGAGCUUGACCCAUGGGCUGGAGAUGAGCUACGGCCUGUACUUCAUGUUCUCCUCCUUCAAACAGCCAUUCCCGUGGAGCAACCCAAUCAAGCCCAACAUGUCCUUCCCAGACCCCAAGACCAUCUACGUCCUUGACACCCACGAAGAUCAUUACUUCGAUAAACAGUUCCUGCAGCGCUCCGAGUAUAUCGGGAGUUUUGGGCCCGUGGUGUGGUACAUCAUGUUGUGUGUCCUAGCAACGUGGAUCAUCAUCUUCCUGUUCGUCUUCAGAGGGACCAAGGGCAUUGGCAAGAUCCUGUAUGUGCUCACCCCCCUGACUGUCAUCUGCCUCGUCACCAUCCUCAUCUAUGCAUACUCGGCUGUCCCCAACGCCUGCAGAUCCCUCUACUACAUGUUCUCGGGAACAACUUCCAGGCAUGAUACCCUCACCAAUAAAUUCCACGAGAAGAACGUUUUCUACAAUCAACUGGGAGACCCGAAGCUGUGGAUCGAUGCCCUGGACAUCCACCUGUUUAGUCUUGGACUAUGGGCAGGGAUACUCCCAACGCUUGGAACCCACAUCCACAACAAGAAGGUCAUCAUCAACGCUGCUUGGGGUAUCCUGUUGGCACUCUAUUCCGUUGUCCCUCAUCUGGUGUUCCUGGCGAUAGCCCCUUACAUCGAUCCUUCUGAGAAUUCAAGAUGGCUCGCCAACGCUAAGGGUGUCAAACCAGGUUUGUCGUUCAUGUUUGUUACGAUUCCUCUCACGUUCGACAAGUUCAGUCUGUCCCCUUUCAUCGCGUUUCUGAUCUACCUGACGUACUUCCUGCUUGGCCUUCAUCACUUGGGUCUCCACACUCUGAUGAUCUGGGAGAACAUGCUGCCCUGUAUCAACAAGAGGGUCAUGAUGUUCUUCAAGAGGCCGGACUUCCUUCUUGCCUUGUUCUGCUUCGUGUCCUUCAUCCUUACUCUUCCAUACACAUCACAGUGUGGCAUCUACCUGUAUAUGAUCAUCCGGUUCUACAUGGACCGUCUUCUGUUUGCUCUCGUCAUCUUCAGCAUGGUUCCCUUCAUCAUCGGCUACAUCCGCCAGGAGACAUUACGACUGCCGAUAGAGCGUCUGUCUAUGAGCCUGUGGUAUGGACUCGCCUCCCUGGUGGCCGCGUGCCUGCUGAUCUACUACUUCGCUGUGUACGUCUACCAGGAGUCGGUAGUGAGCGUUGAACAGCGCUGGGCGGAGUAUCUGGGGUGGCUGGCCUCCAUCUCGCCGAUAAUCUUUGGAGUGAUACUCGGAGCGGCACACGCCGUGUGGAAGGAGACUGGGUCAUUGAAGGGGCGGUUCCUGCAAGCCCUGCGGACGGGUCAGCUGCCCGACGACGUCAUGGACGACGAGUACACGUCGGUCGAAACCGGGGACACGUCAAUGCCCCAGGCGAAGUCGCCAUUACCAAGCGAGCACCAACCGCACGAGCGCCCAGUGAUGGUCUCAAAUGAGUUGGUGCAACCAAAGUCAGAGGUCGAGGUCAGCAUUAAGCCGCCGGAAUAUGGCGACGUUGUCCGAGUGUGAAAGGGCGGAAAUUACGAAAUAUUACCAAAGAGAGGCUCACACAAAGACUAUCACAAACAGAGGAGAUGCAUCAAGUGCUGAUUGAUAUUAACCAAUAUUUACCAUGUUGAUAAUGAACUCUCUUUUUUAAUUAAAAAAGGUUUGCAUCACAAAGUAACGUCAAUGGAAAUCGGACAUUGUAACUUGCUCUGAAACCAACUGAAUCAGCACAUUGAUAUAUACGGAAAUGUUUCGGUUGUUUUCGCAUUUAAAUGAAAACAAUGUGCAUGAUUAUACGUCAACAUCUUACAUCAGAAGAUAUUUCAAGGUAGAAGGUCUGUAUUUACACAAUACCUAUGUCGACGCAAAGGUGUUGGAAAUUAAAUGAAAUCCCAACACA